AUCAUGUCAGCAGCCUCUCCGCUCACCGCCGCCGCGCCAAUAAAGGUUGACCGUCGGCGCACAACCCCCUUCCUGCUAAAACUCUUCUACAGACAAGGCGGCUUCCACCGGUUUGAUUACCCCCCCCCCUUCUCCCCAAUCUUCCCUCUCGCAACCACAGUCCGGCUAACCAAAAGGGAAAAAAAAUGCUAUAAAACAGACUAGAUGACUUCCGCGCACACUCCCAACCCCGUGAGCACGUCACAAUCUACACCUGGCGCGACUGCACCCUCAAUGAGCUAAGCAUGCUCCUCUCGCAUGCGCUGCCAAACAUCUGCCCGCCCCGCUCCCGCUGUGGCUUCCGCCUCAUCUUUGCGGAUACGCGGUACAACACGACGCGCUACACAUCAAAGGACCUAGGCGCGGUGGUGCCGAACGGUGACGCGACGCUGGAUAAUGUUGGGCGGAAGACGCUCGGCGAGGUCUCGUUUGUAGUGGGAGAUUGGAUCGACGUGUGUAUCUACCCCGAGGGCCAUGGCGGGGUCGGAGCAACGGGAAAUGGCAGGGGCGGUUUUGGAGGCGGCAGGGGCGGAGUCUUGGGUGGGCCCCGGGAGAAUGGGUUCGGUGGGUUCAGAGUUCGUGGAGGUGCGCGUGUGGCUGCCAUGGGGGGGGUUAGUGUUCCAAGCGGCGAGUGGAGGAGAGGUGAGAGGGUUGAGGAUAAUGUUCCGUUGCAGGAAGGCGGUGGUGGCGGUAGCGGGAGGAGGGAUACUGUUGCUGUGGGUAGAGGUAGUGGCGGAUACGGUAGACGUGGUGGUGGUGGAGGGGGAGGAGGCAGAGAUCGCAGGUAUAGGGAUUAG